GGAUCGAACCCGGGCCACACGCAUGCCAGAGCGCCUCCCUCCACUUCGAGCUUAUGGCGGAACUGAGUUUCGCAGUGUGGGUCUGGACUCCCGGGUGGCGUGGUCAAUCAACAGCACAGCUGAGAAAAUGCUAUCGACUUUUGUCCUCUUGCAUGUGUUCCUGAGCUUCCUGAAGGGCACCCGCGCCCGAACGCACUCUCUGGAGUAUUUCUACUCAGCUGUGUCUGAAUCACGCCCAGGCGUCCCCAAGUUUACUGCCUCUGGCUUCGUGGACAACCAACUCUUUAUUCACUUUGACAGCGAGGGGAUGAAGGCAGAUCCUUGUGUUGACUGGUUGAAGGAAAAGCCAGAAUACUUUGAUGAUGAGACUAAGAUCUUCAAGACUCGGAUGAAGAUUUUCCAGUUAAGUCUGAGAAAUGUGCAACAGUACUACAACAGCAGCAUGAAUGGGAGUCAGAGCAAAGAGCUCCCAGGCCUGCACACCCUUCAGUUCACCUAUGGCUGCGAGCUGCAGGAAAACAACAACGUCUGGGGGCAUUGGCAGUAUGGCUAUGAUGGCAGUGACUACCUGAUCUUGGAUUUGGACACUCUUCAAUACACUGCAGUCUCUUCAGUUGCUCGCCACACCAAGCAGAAGUGGGAGGACAAUAGAUAUUUGGUAGAAAAAGACAAGAGCUAUUUGGAAAAGGAAUGCAUCUUGUGGCUGCGGAGAUAUUUGAAGCUUGGAGGGAAGAGCUUGAACCGAAYUGAGCCUCCCUCUACACGUGUGACCUACCAUCCCUUCCCUGACCAAAAUGAAGUCACCUUGAGGUGCUGGGCCAUGGGCUUCUACCCUGCUGAGAUCUCCCUGACCUGGCAGCKGGAUGGGGAAGAUCAGAGUCAGGACAUGGAGGUAGUGGAGACCAGGCCUGCAGGGGAUGGAAACUUCCAGAAAUGGGCAGCUGUGGUGGUGCCUGCUGGAGAGGAGCAGAGAUACACCUGCCAUGUGCAUCAUGAGGGGCUGCCUGAGCCCCUCACCCUGAGAUUUGAUCCACUUUCUCAGCCCAACGAACACACCAGUGAGAAAUAUAAAGCUGUAGUCACRGUAACUUUGAUUGCUAUGAUACCUCUGCUCAUCAUGGGAAUUGUGUACUGGAGAAGACGUCAAGUGAUGACGAGGUCACACUCAAUUGUAACUCACAAGCCACAACAAAUUCCACGGUCUCAUUUGGCACUUCCACAAGGGCACACACUGCACAAGAAACCUCAGACAUUGCCAUCAGCUGUGAAAGGAGAGGAAAAGAUGAAUGAAGAUUAUGAACUCAGGACCCAUUGGGACUUCCAGAGAAAGAAACUGAGCUUGAUAACCUGACAGAGCUCAACACUGUCCACAAGAAGUGGAUUUCUAUCCUCACAUUAAGGAAGGAAAUAUGGACAUUCAGAGACCAGAGCAGAAAAGGAAGAACUCAUGGGUGACUUUCAGUGAGAUGAUAAGAUCAUCAACUCAGAUGAUGUGGAUCCCUCAGUUGGGCAAUUCCGGAACAUGGUGCAAACUGCAGUAGUCCCAGUGAAGAAAAAGUGAGUGGAGGGCCCUGGAUCCCUGGCCUGGAGGAAUGAGGGAGCAGGCACAUGCAGAAUUUUGCCUUUAGUGGGGGAUUCUAUGGGGGAUUUCCCCCAACACAGUGAAGCAGGCUCCCAGCCGCAUGGCAUUCGCGGGACAGCACUUGUGGGUGGCUUGCCCAUGUCAUACCUGAUGUGGACUUGACUCCCAUCGUGCCAUCAGCAGUGAAAAUGAACCACGCACCAAAUCCUGCAGUCUAUAACCCUGAAGCUGUUCAUGAGCCCCAGAAGAAAAAAUAUGCAGAGGGACUUGGCUGAGCAAGAAGCCCACACCUUUCUUAUGCAGAGAAAGGUUUCAUAGUCAUUUUAAAUAAACUGCCUUGGCUCUU